AUUGGUUAACUUUCAGUAAAAACAACUUAAUAAUAUUGUAUGCAAUUUGUGAUAAGAUAACGUUCUCUGUAUGAAAAUCUUGCAAGAAGUUAAAAACUGGUGACACAGAAAUUGCCAGUGCUAUAUGAUGGCUCUUAAACUGGUUUUCUUGUGCUACAUUGCAUUAUGUGCAGUUGCAAGUGGAAUUCAUAUAAUCAACGCUCAUGAUUUACAAGUGAAAUACGAGCCUAAUUGGAAUAGUUUAGAUUCUAGACCUUUGCCGUCUUGGUUUGAUGAUGCUAAGUUUGGAAUUUUUAUUCAUUGGGGUGUUUUUAGCGUUCCUAGUUUUGGUUCAGAAUGGUUUUGGAUUAACUGGAAAAGUUUUGUUCCAAAGUAUGUACAAUUUAUGCACAAACAUUUCGAGCCAGGUUUUACUUAUCAAGAAUUUGCCAAAGAUUUCACUGCAGAAUUUUAUAAUGCCUCCCAGUGGGCUGAAAUUUUUGAAGCUUCUGGUGCAAAAUACAUAGUUUUGACCAGUAAACAUCAUGAAGGCUACACUCUUUGGCCUUCUAAAUAUUCAUUUAGUUGGAAUAGUAUGGAUGUGGGACCUCACAAAGACUUGAUUGGUGAAUUAGCUACAGCCGUGAGAAAAAAUACUAAUUUAAGAUUUGGUCUAUAUCACUCAUUAUUUGAGUGGUUCAAUCCAUUGUAUCUUCAUGAUAAAAAAAAUAACUUUACAACUAAUGUGUUUGUCAAAAAUAAAAUUAUCCCAGAAAUGAAAGAAUUAAUUGAAACCUAUAAGCCUGAGGUUUUGUGGUCAGAUGGAGAUUGGGAAGCAUCGGAAAAUUACUGGGAAUCUAAAGAAUUUUUAUCUUGGCUUUAUAAUGAUAGCCCUGUAAAAAGUACCAUAGUUACAAAUGAUCGUUGGGGUGUUAAUACAUCUUGUAGACAUGGUGAUUUUUAUAAUUGUCAAGAUCGUUUUAGUCCAGGUACUUUACAAAAGCAUAAAUGGGAAAAUGCUAUGACUAUUGAUAAACAGUCCUGGGGCUUUCGUAGGAAUGCCAAGUUAGAAGAUUAUUUUACUCUUAAAGAUCUUGUCAAAGAAUUAGUUAUUACAGUCAGUACUGGAGGAAAUUUAUUAAUGAAUGUAGGUCCAACAAAAGAUGGUAUGAUACCAGCUAUAUUUGAAGAAAGAUUAAGAGGAGUAGGUCAAUGGUUAUCUGUAAAUGGUGAAGCUAUUUACAAAACCAAACCAUGGAAAAUUCAAAAUGAUACUUUAUCAGGAGAUGUUUGGUAUACACAAGGUGCAGAUGGCAAUCUCUAUGCUACAACAUUAUCAUGGCCCUCAGAUAACACCCUUAGAUUGAGUAAUGCUGUUAAACUUACCCCUGAGUCAAAAAUAUUAUUAUUAGGAAACAAGGAAAAUAUAAAAUGGCAAGUAAAAUCAAAUCAUAUUGAAGUUUUUCUACCUUCCACUGCUCAUAAAGGAGAGCCUGCUUGGGUCUUGAAGAUUAAUCAUUAUCAAGAUUAGAAUAUAAAAAAUGUUUAAAAAUAUCUUAUUGAAACAUUUUAAUUUAUGUGAUACUUUUUAAAAAUUAUGGA